CAGAUUUGCACCUGCUUCCUGUAAUCUUCCAUCACAGCCCCGGGCGGCGGAACUCCCGGACAUCACCCCACGAGGCCGGACGCCAUUCCGUGCCAACCCGGGAACUUCUUAGCCCACCGGAGAGCCACUCACCCAGACUGCACCUCAACAAGGCACCGCAAGUACAGACAGACAUCGCUAUUUUAAGAUACUGCCGUACCAAGCCUGCAUCCGAGAUCUGCCGAGGAGGAUGUUAGAGCUGUGAGGGGCUGCACCCUGGAGACUCUUGCAAUCAGUUUGGAAGGGUGAUGCACUGCGACAGAUAAAAGUUGGAUAGAAUUUCAGGAGCUAUAUAAAGACAGACUUAUGUCACUGUACUAAUUAAAUUCCUUUAGCCCUGGGCUGUUUUGAGCAUAGCACUCGACCAGGGAGCUUCAGUAACCAAGGGCAAAGCAGAAUGAUGGACCUUUUUGAAACAAGUUCCUAUUUUUUUUACUUAGAAGGGGAUAAUGGAGCUUUUCAACAACUGGAAAUGACAGAUGGAUCUCCGUUGUAUCCAGGUAGUGAGGGGACAUUAUCUCCUUGUCAGGAUCAAUUGCCAGGAGAUGGUGGAAGUGACAGCAGUGGAGAGGAGCACGUUUUAGCUCCACCUGGUCUACAGCCCCACUGUCCUGGGCAAUGCUUGAUUUGGGCUUGUAAGACAUGUAAACGGAAAUCAGCGCCAACGGAUAGAAGAAAGGCGGCCACUUUGCGGGAAAGGAGACGGUUAAAGAAAAUUAAUGAAGCUUUUGAGGCUUUAAAAAGAAGAACUGUUGCCAACCCAAACCAAAGACUCCCCAAAGUUGAAAUUCUGCGCAGUGCUAUAAAUUAUAUAGAAAGGUUACAAGACCUCCUUCAAAGUCUGGAUCAACAGGACAAACCCCAGAAACCUGAUGAACCCUUCACGUAUAGUCCUAAGGAGGCCGAUGUACACAGAGAAGAUUUCUUAAGUAGCUGUCAUACGGACUGGCACAAAAUUUCCAAUCAUUCCACCAUGUCAGAAUUGAACUCCAAAGGAGAAGGAUCUGUUCACGAGUCUUCAGCUUCCUGCAGCCUCCAGUGCCUCUCCUCUAUAGUAGACAGUAUAUCAUCUGAAGAGCCGAAGGUCACAUGCACUAUUCAGGAACUGGUUGAAAACAAUAAUCCCAUGUAAUAUGUCAUGCCUGCCUGCCAGACAAGAACCAUUGCCGUGAUAAAAAUGGAUGCCACUAGUAAAGAGAUGGACUUAACCUUCCCUUGACUAGUUAAGGUGUAUAUACGAAUUAAUCUGUAGAGGAUUUUAUCUAAGUCUAUUUAUUACUGAAAGAUCCUUUUGUCUGCUAAAAAUAUUUCCUUCACAUUCAGCAAAAUUCAUUCCUGUCUUCUCAA